GUUGACACAAAGAGAGGAAGGAAAAUCAAUCACCGACCCCUCACGCACGCAAGCCUUUUCCCCCAUUCUCCGGCGGCGGCAGCUAUGGCGGCGGUGGCGGCAAGGUCCGGGCUCCGACGGAUGUUCUCCAUCGCCGACUUCGCGACGCCGAACACGCGCAUGUUCUCCAUCUCGGCCUUCGCGCCGCCGAGCCCGCCCACGCCUCCCCCGAAGGCCGACCCCUCCCCCAACCUCUUCGUCUCCGGGCUAAGCAAGCGUACAACAACUGAUGGACUUAGAGAAGCUUUUGCAAAGUUUGGGGAAGUUGAACACGCUCGAGUUGUCACAGAUCGUGUCACUGGUUUUUCUAAGGGGUUUGGCUUUGUAAGGUAUGUUUCGGUUGAAGAUGCAGCUAAAGGAAUAGAAGGAAUGGAUGGAAAAUUUCUGGAUGGAUGGGUUAUUUUUGCCGAAUAUGCUAGACCCAGACCACCGCCGCAGAUGGGAGGGGCAACUCUGCAGCCACAACAAUCAUGGGGCACUCCUUCUGGUUCCUGGGGCUCACAGUAGAUGAAGGGACAAUCAUUCUACCUGGCUGUGCGUCUGACAGCGUAUCAGUCAGCCAUCGCAGUCUACAUUUAGAUCAUAGCUACCAUGGUGUUGUCCCAGGUGUGAACACCCUUGCCUGAUCCAAUAUUCUUGUCGUGUUGGACUGGUCGUUUACGGCCUCCACAUGGAGAAGCACUUGUGGAACCUUAUAUGGACCAAGCAGGUAUUACUGUCAGCAUGCAACAGCUUCGGACCAUUGCUAAUAAUGUCUUCUUGUCCCUUUUAUUUGAAUUGUCGUAAGCCUUAUCAGCUGCUGAUGGCAUGUGCCGCUCUUGUACUACUGGAUAAUGACUCGUAGCUCGGAAUAAGAACACGUUUUGCAAGCGAA